CGCGAGCCCAAGCAAUGUCAACAUAGUCAUUCAGACGUCGUCGCGCCGUGGACGUCUUUGUCUUGAAUUUUCCCAGAUGCUAUUAGUUUUGUAUAUAAACAAGUUUUGUAUACCAAAUAAGCCAGUUAACCAGUGUCAAUCAACAUGGAUAUCAUAUUUGACCUACUUUUGAGUACUGGACUAAUCACUGCUGCAUUGGUGGUAUAUUUGAUAUUUUUCAGAAGACCUACCAUCACAAGGAAAGGGGAAUACAGACUUCCUGGUUGGAACCACCCGCUAAAGUUGCUAUGGGCGCGGUACUACGCCGUCCGGCGGUGGAAGGCUCAACUCCCCGCCGCCUUAACGCCGGAGCUGCCUCGCUCAAACCUGCGCGAGGGGUGGGACGCGGUGUGGGUCCGCGCGGCCUCGCCAGACGGCGCCGCUGUGACCCUGGGCAUAAGGGUGCUGUGCGGCCGCCAGCCGCUGGCAGAGGUGACAGUUCACGUCAGGCUGGCUGAUGGAACGACAUUUGUUAAGCCACGUUCCCCUGACUCGAUAGUGGGUGUAUGGGAGAACAUCCCUGGGGGAUGGAGCGCGGGCGGGCUAAAGAUACUGAUCCUGGAGCNUCUGGAGCCCGAAGUGCGCUGGCGCAUCCUAUACAACGGCCUGCUCACCAGGACCGAUGGAGUCACGCAGCAUGUGAAGUUUAACCUCACCUGGGCGGCGGCGUCGGAGGUGUCGGUGCAUCCGCACGACUGGAGCGCGCAACUGGCGGCCGCCGCGCUGGCGCUCGAGCCCUGGCGCGACGACAAGUGGUUCAAUUUGUUGGGUAGAUGGGAAGAAGGCGGCUGGUUACAAUGGGGCGCUGCACAAGGCCGCAUCGAGGCGUUCGACGCGCAAGGUGCGCCCACGCACAGCGAAUAUUUGCGCGUUAGGGGCGCGCGCGAGCGUUGCUGGGCUCCGCACGGCUGGCCCGGGCUUAGAAGAGAAGUCGCUAUCACAGCGGUCGCUGCUGAUGGAACCGCUGUGCAUCUGAGAGCGCUGUCGUAUAAGAAUGUCUUGACACAGUGCAUUUCUGGAACAGUCAGAUUCCCAAAUACGAAGAUAAUGAGCGUCACCAGUACCAAUUUGCAGAUGAAAGACUUCUGCGAGAAUCCAGAUGAGAUUUCAAACGUUUUCACCUUCAAUGUUGGCACUCAACACAGAAAUCUUCGUGUGGUAGUGCGCCUGCAUAAAGAUAGCGCAAGGGCUUUGAGCGGGGUGCCGUACCAGCACGAGGCGGUGUACCACGCCGCUAGCGUCGACAUCGACGGCGAGGCCGGCGCGGGUAUCGUGGAGCUAGGCUACGAGCCGAAACAGAUACGCGAGCCGUCUGUUCGGCUGACCCCUCCGCGGGUCCUAAAAUGGCUGACAGAGGCGGAGGUGGGUCGUGUGGGGCACUGCUUAGCUUUCGAAGACCGCGCGGCCGCCUGCCCGGCCUACGUGGGGGGCAAGGGGGCCUCUCUUGCGUUACUCUCUUCCAUGCAGAAGGCAGGGGGAUAUCGUGUUCCACCCGGCUUCUGUUUGACAAUCCACGCCCUUGAGUACCAUUUGGAAGUUAACCCUCAAUUGAUAAAGGCCGUUCGAGAAAUCGAAGCUGCCAAUGAAAACUACAAUGAAGCCAUUUUCAAAGAAAAAUGCAACAGAGCGGUUGAGCUAUUUGCUGCCACUGAAAUAAUCGGUGAGGUUCGUGAAGAAGUAUUGACACAUCUCAGUGAGCUGAGGAAGAAGGCGGCUAAAGAAAACCUGGGCCCCGAACGGCGGUUUGCGGUCAGGUCUUCUGCUGUGGGAGAAGACAGUGAGACCCUCUCGGCUGCAGGCCAGAACGAGACCAUACUGGGAUGCGUCAGUGACACAGAUGUCCUCAAAGGCGUACAGAAGUGUUGGGGUUCGAUGUUCGCGUUUACUAGUGCAUAUUACAGAAGACAGAACGGGCAGCCUUGCUUAUGCGGCGGCGGCGUGGUGGUGCAGGCGCUGGCGCCGGCGCGCGCGGCCGGCGUGCUGUUCACGCGCCACCCCGCCGCCGGCGACCCAUCGCGUCUGCUGCUCACCGCCAACUACGGGCUGGGGGAGAGCGUAGUUUCCGGAUCAGUAGACCCCGACACCAUAGUCGUAUCCCGGGACCUAGACGACCAGCUGUCGAUCAUGAGCAUCGACCUAGGCUCCAAGGCGCAGCGAGUGACGGCGGCAGAUGACGGCGUGACCACGGAGGCGGUGCCCGAGGCAGAUAGGGCGGUGGCUUGCCUGAGCGAGGAAGAGGCGCUGCGGCUGGCCAGUAUAGGCGUGCAACAAGAAGACUGGUGGGGCGCUGGGAGGGAUAUCGAGUGGGCCAUUAGCGAGAAUGACAUAUUCCUGGUGCAAGCGCGGCCCAUCACCUCCUUAGAGCGAUGGACAGAGGAAGAACUUCUUCACGAACUUGAUUCUCCUAUCAUGGCUGACGAUGAGUUCACCACAUUUGCUAACUGCGGCGAGGUAUUCCCAAAGCCAGUGACGCCUCUAUCUCACGACUUGGUGGUACAGCCUCUGAUCAAAGGCAUGAGCAAGACGGUCAGCAACGACAUCGGAGACUACGAGGACUCGGUCGCGUUCACGCACAAUAGGUGCAUGAUCGCUCUGUACAAUUCAGUAUACCGUCGCGCGCCACCCGAAGUGGACGUCAACAUUCGCAUGGUAGAGAUGGCUCUCCACGGACAUAAAGUAGCAGACGACGCCGUCAUUCAGACGGCCGUGCGCCGGCGCCCGCCCAAGUGGAGUGAUAAGAUGGACAUGCUGUGGUUCCUCAUUGUGAGAAUCAUCUGGUCCAAAUGGCACAUGACCGACACAAUGAAGAGGGUGAAGUCUCUAGACAUCGACAUGACGUCAGAGGACCCGGCGGUGAUCCUGCAGUCCAUGGCGGACACCCGCAGCGCCAUGUGGCAGGUGGCCUACAACCACAGCAGCACCAGCGCCGCCAGCACGUGCAGCCAGUUCGUGGCCAUGACGGUGCUGUUGGAAGGAGCCGCGGAUUUCUCACCGGAGCAUUGCAACGAAAUCUGCGCUCUCCUAAACUCCGGUGACGUUCUGUCCGCCGAGGUUCCGCAAGGGCUUGCCAAUCUAGCGCUCCAAAUAGAACAGUCGGGCCGUGCAGAAGCCUUCAGGAAACUGGAUCCCCAAGGAGCGAUGAGCUGGUUAAAGGCUAACCUCACGCAAGUGUACUAUAACGUGCUCCAGUUUUUGGAUGAACACGGGCAUAGAGCUAUCAUGGAGUUUGAUAUGUACACGAAACCAUGGGUGUUGGUUCCGGAAGAGCUUAUGAAGAUACUGCAAAAUAUGAGAAUCACGAAACAAGAAGUUCAGAGCACCAAGACUGAUGCAGAGAUAAUUGCAGCGCUUACCACGCCCAAAAAGUCCAGUACAAGGAAAGUUCUCGCUUGGGUUCUACCAUUAUGCCGUCGCACGGUCCGUCACCGCGAGAGCACGAAAGCGCACGUGAUCCUCGGCGUGCACAAGCUGCGACUAGCCGCGAUCCGGCUGGGCGCGCUGCUGACGCGGCGCUGGUACCUGCCGCAGCAGGACCUGGUGUUCUUCUUCCGCGCCGCUGAGCUGGCCGACUACAUCAGCACGAGAGACCCGGCCUUGUUGAGGAAAGCCAUCCAGCGGCACCAGUACUACAACAGCUGGUGCAAGCUGAAGUUCGCGGAGUUGAACACAGGCUGGAUCCAGCCGCUGCCGGCGCACGUGCCGACGCUUACGACUGGCGGAGUUAGGCUGGAGGCCACCGCCGUCUGCGGCGGCGACGUCGUGGCACGGGCCUGCGUCGUCAAGGACCUUUCCGAGAUCAACCAACUGCAGCAAGGAGAUAUAUUGAUCACGUACGCCACUGACAUCGGUUGGUCGCCGUACUUCCCGCUGCUUAGCGGCAUCGUCACGGAACUUGGAGGCCUCAUUUCACACGGAGCCGUAAUAGCCCGCGAGUACGGGCUACCUUGUAUAGUGGGCGCCACCCACGCCACUGACAUGUUCCACACUGGGGACAUGGUGCGGCUGGUCGGCUCCAAGGGCGUCAUCGAAAAAGUACUCGUGGAAACGUCAGCGCACGCAGAGAGUUAACAAUCUGUGAUAUUUGUGCCGCAGAAAGAACUUUUAUUUAUUUAAUUGUUAAUGCUGUGCAAAAGAGUUUAUUUUAGUGAUUUUUAGGAACGGGUAAAUAAAGUUUUUGACAAGAUAUUAAAAUGCGUGUCAGUAUCUAAAGCCUCAAAUGUAAUUUUACUUCAAAAGUACCUAAAAAGUAAUUACUAACUUCAUCUAUUGAUAACCUGUAAUAACUAUGCGAGAAAUGGGAUGGUGAUA